AUGACGUCUCGGGAGCAGCUGGUACAGCAGGUGCUUCAGGAGCUGCAGGAGGCCGUGGAGUCCGAGGGCCUGGAGGGUCUCGUGGGUGCUGCUCUGGAGGCCAAGCAAGUCCUGUCGUCCUUCACCCUCCCCACCUGCCGAGAGGGGGGUUCCGGCCCCCAGGUGCUGGAGGUGGACUCCGUGGCGCUGAGCCUGUACCCGGAGGACGCUCCCCGGAACAUGCUGCCGCUGGUGUGCAGAGGCGAGGGCAGCCUGCUGUUCGAGGCCGCCAGCGUGCUGCUGUGGGGCGAUGCCGGCUUCAGCCUGGAGCUGCGGGCCCGCACGGUGGUGGAGAUGCUGCUGCACCGUCAUUACUACCUCCAGGGCAUGAUCGACUCCAAGGUGAUGCUGCAAGCCGUGCGCUACUCCCUGCGCUCUGAGGAAUCCCCCGAGAUGACCAGCCUGCCAUCCGCCACGCUGGAGGCCAUCUUCGACGCGGAUGUCAAGGCCACCUGCUUCCCCAACAGCUUCUCCAACGUGUGGCACUUGUACGCCCUCGCCUCCGUCCUGCGGCGCAACAUCUACUCCAUCUACCCCAUGCGAAACCUCAAGAUCCGGCCCUACUUUAACCGCGUCAUCCGGCCCCGCCGCUGCGACCACGUGCCCGCCACGCUGCACAUCAUGUGGGCCGGCCAGCCCCUCACCAACCACCUCUUCCGCCACCAGUACUUUGCCCCCGUGGUGGGGCUGGAGGAGGUGGAGGCCGAAAGUGACCCCGGCCUGCCCCCCGCGCCUCCAGCCCUGGCCCCGCUGCCGCCACCCGCCAAGACCCUGGCGCUGCUCAACCAGGAGCCCGGCCUCAGCUACUCCCACCUCUGUGAGCGCUAUAGCGUCACCAAGAGCACCUUCUACCGCUGGCGGCGGCAGUCCCAGGAGCACCGGCAGAAGGUGGCCACGCGCUUCUCCGCCAAGCACUUCCUGCAGGACAGCUUCCACCGCGGGGGCGUCGUGCCGCUGCAGCAGUUCCUCCAGAGGUUCCCCGAGAUCUCCCGCUCCACCUAUUACGCCUGGAAGCAAGAGCUCCUGGGCUCUGGCACUUGCCAGGCCCUGGCCCCCAAGGAGGUGCAGGUGCUGGAGGAGCUGGAGAAGCUGCCGGACGAGCAGAUCGCCAAGGGGCUGGGAUGCUCGUCGCUGGCCGUGUCGAGCCCUGGCAUGAUCUUAAUGCAGCGGGCCAAGUUGUACCUGGAGCACUGCAUCUCCCUGAACACACUGGUACCCUAUCGCUGCUUCAAACGCAGGUUCCCCGGCAUCUCGCGGUCCACCUACUACAACUGGCGCCGGAAGGCCCUCCGAAGGAACCCCGGCUUCAAGCCGGCGCCGGCCCUCUCCACGGCCGGGGCUCCCCAGCCAGCGUCUGUUCCGGAGGAGGCCCUGCUCCCUUGGAAGGGUGAGGUGGGAGAGGGGCCGGGCCAAGCGACUGCGGGGGGACCGCCCGCCCCCCGUGAGCUCCUGCCCCCAAAGGUGCCCCUGUCCCGUUGGCAGAGGCGUCUGCGCAGGGCUGCCCGCAAGCAGGUGCUGAGCGGGCACCUCCCUUUCUGUCGCUUUCGCCUCCGCUACCCCAGCCUGUCGCCCUCUACCUUCUGGGUCUGGAAGAGUCUUGCCCGGAGUUGGCCCAGAAGCCUGUCCAAAUUCCAGAUGCAGGCCCCCAGCUUGGGCAAAGAAGGGAUGGAAGCUGAGGAGAAGCAGGAGAAAGAAGCCUGCAGGGAUGUGACCGCUGUGACGGCCCCUCCUAUGGGAGACCCCCCGCGGGUGGGGUCUUCUCCAGGAGAGGAUCCGGGGAAAGCCCAGGGAGGGCCUUCCAGAGAGGGGGCCACGGCCCAGGGCCGGCCCCACAGCAGCCUCCCUGUGACCGAGGCGGCAGUGGGUGGCAGGGACGGCCAAAUGCUGGUGAUGGACAUGCUCGCCACCACAAAGUUCAAGGCCCAGGCCAAGCUGUUCUUGCAGAAACGCUUCCAGUCUAAGAGUUUCCCCUCCUUCAAGGAGUUCAGCGCCCUCUUUCCCCUCACUGCCCGCUCUACCUACUAUAUGUGGAAGCGGGCACUCUAUGAUGGCCUCACGCUGGUUGAUGGCUGA